AGUCCGCCAUUUCUCAAAAGAAGUACAACAUCCAGAAAAAACAUGGCAAGUAACAACGUGAUAGCGAAACCCGAACUCCUUAAAACUGCAGAGUUACUAAAGCAAGGCGCAGAAGCGCGAAUAUAUCGGACUGUGUUCCUAGGGAGGCCGACCAUCGUGAAAGAAAGGUUCCUGAAGCGUUACAGACAUCCACUGUUGGACGAAAAAUUAACACACCGUCGGACAGUGCAAGAGGUUCGUUCUAUUCUACGCUGUCGGAGAGUAGGUCUAUCAGCUCCUGUUGUUUACUUCGUGGACUACUCCUCCCACUGCAUUUUCUUGGAGGAAAUCGUAAAUUCAUCGACUGUGCGUGACCACAUUGCGAAUGCUCAGCUUCAGCUGUCUGGUUCCUCAUGUCCUGAAAUGAAGCUGGAGCAUCUGGCUAAGAAGAUAGGUCACAUCCUGGCCAAAAUGCACGAUGAGGACGUUAUCCACGGUGACUUGACCACCUCCAACAUGCUGUUGAGAAGUCCACCGAAGGACGGCGAGUCAGACAUUGUCCUCAUUGACUUCGGUCUAAGUUACAUCUCGGCUCUACCCGAGGAUAAGGGGGUAGAUUUGUAUGUGCUGGAGAAAGCUUUCCUUAGUACUCAUCCCAAAUCUGAGGUACUCUUUGAGACGCUGCUUAAGAGCUACACAGCCUCAUCUAAAAAAUCCGGAACAGUCAUUAAAAAGCUUGAUGAAGUUCGUUUGAGAGGGAGAAAGCGCUCUAUGGUGGGAUAAAAGUUCUUAAACAGUGGACCUUAUGUAUUUUGCCAUAAAUUUACCAUCAGUCAUGAUUUUUUUUUAAUUAGGUCAAGAAUGUGGAUAAGAAUUCAGUCAUAUGUAUAUUUUUAAUGAUGUAAAAUGAUGUGGUCAAAUAUUCAGUCAGUUGUUGGGAAUUCGCUAAUCUUGGUAUGAGUUUUGGAGUGCCGUAUUGGGCUGCAACUUACAAGUGCGUGUGUCCAAUAUAUCACUGGCCCCAAAACCGAUAACAAUGUUCAUGAUAGCCACAUUCUAUAUUUAAAAAACAUAUAUACAUUUUCUCUAUAGUUGGUCAUGGAAAGUCAAAUAGAAUCCAAUGAAGAUUUGUAUGAUAUAAGAGUUCUUUAAUAAGAAAAUAAUGUUAAAAUCAUGUCAAAAUUCACAAUUAAAAUAUUUGGACAUGUUUUAACUUGCUGUGUGAGUACCGGUAAUUUACUCAUUUUUCUGAAGCUGCAUGUUGCCAAUUUACCUAAUUAUUGUACCAAGUCAUCUGAGGUGAGAAUGUCCUGAUAACAUCACGCCACAAACAGACCAAUCACAUUGUGAUCACUUUCACAGAAUGUGACAAGCCACACAGGGAUUAUAGUGGUGUUUGAAAUGUGAUGUGAAUGAGCUAAUUACCGUAAUUUCCGUACUAUAAGGCGCACCUAAAAGCCUUAAUUUUUCUCAAAAGCAGACCGUGUGCUUUAUAUAUGGAUCAAUAACGGUUCAUUGUGGCAUUACAUUCCGUUUAGUGCAGCUCCAUCUAGUGGAUGCAUAAUGCAACCACAACUACUACUGCACCUUAUAAUGCGGUGUGCUUUUAUAUGAAAAAGGUUUUGAAAUAGGACAUUCAUUGAUGGUGCGUCUUAUAGUAUGGAGAAGUAGCUCUAGAUUUACCGGCUGAUCUACAGCCACAGCUGUUUGGCAUUGAGAGGAGCUGGAUGAGGUGGCUAGGGCACAUGUAGAAUGCCAUUCUGGUGAGGUCCAGAGGACCACCCCUAAAACGCAGGAGAC